GGCCCGCGGAGCAGCGCCGCGGCUGGCGAGCAGGGCCGGGCGGCGGCUCUGGCCCGUGUCCCCAGCCGGCUGCACCCUCCCGCGCCGCCGCCAUGGUGCCCAGCCAGCUGCGCCUCUCCGCGGCCGCACGUGGCCAUGGAGACUAUGAUUCUGACUUUAGUGAUGAGGAGAAUGGAGAGAAGUCUGUGCAAAAGACUAAAAGUGUAAAAGAAGAUGGCCUUCUGAUAAAGCCGUUCCAAAAAGCUAAACAAGGCAGUGUGGUUCACAGACAAUUUGCAGCUGAAGAAUGGGAUAGGGAAGAAGCAAGAAAAAGAAGAUUUCAUUUGAUAGCGAUGGAUGCCUAUGAAAGACAUAAAAAGUUUGUGAAUGACUACAUUUUAUACUAUGGUGGCAAAAUAGAGGAUUUCCGACGUUCUGGAGCAAAUGACAAGACGGAUCUUGAUGUUAUUAGAGAAAACCAUAGAUUCCUGUGGGACGAAGAUGAUGAAGCAGACAUGAAUUGGGAGAAGAGGCUUGCAAAGAAGUAUUACGAUAAAUUGUACAAAGAAUACUGUAUAGCAGAUCUCAGCAGAUACAAAGAGAAUAAGUUUGGAUUUAGAUGGCGACAUGAGAAAGAAGUGAUUUCAGGAAAAGGUCAGUUUUCCUGUGGAAAUAAGCACUGUGAUGAGAAAGAAGGCCUGAAGAGCUGGGAGGUGAAUUUUGGUUACGUUGAACAUGGUGAAAAGAGGAAUGCACUUGUGAAAUUGAGACUAUGUCCAGAAUGUUCCCACAAACUAAACUUUCAUCACCGGAGGAAAGAAGUUAAAGCAUGCAAGAAAAGAGGCACAGCUGCACCAAACUCUAAAGAGCCAAAAGCUAAGAAGACAAAAUUAUCUUGUUCAGCAAAAAAGAAGUCCAAAAAAAAGGUCCAUAAAGAUCACAUUUCUUCAGAAGAUUCAGAUAAUUCUGAUAAAGAUUCAGAUAACAGUGAUGCACAAGAUGGUCCUUCAGAUGCUGACUUUUGGAAAGGUCCUCUACAAGAAGCAGAUGAAAAAUCACGGGAAGAGGAAUUUGAUGAAUAUUUUCAAGACUUGUUUCUUUGAAACUUGAAAUUGACGUAGAUGGAUUUUCUUCAUGAAUUGUGAAGAUGAAAGUUUGGAAAUCUGGUCAUAAUUAGGGACUGGAGACCUCUUUCUGCCAGCAAGCAUACCUUUUGUACAGUGACUCACAUGGACCAUUUGGGUAGAUUAUCUUUGUAGAAGGCUUCAGUUUUAAAAAUUUUCUUUUUCUUGUGGUAGGCUGUGUACUCAUGAGAUAAGAGAAAUAUUUUUUUCAGUUCAAUGCAAAAGAUAUGUGGCACCCAAACUUACAAGUAGGAAGGAUGUAAACAAACAAGAAUGUAGUUUAUUGACAUUACAUCACAGAAGUUGGCUGCUUUAUUUUUUUAAUCCCAAACUUCAGUUAUUGCCAGAUUUUUGUAAAGAGAUGUUUUGGAAGAUUCUGUUAUUAGUUUAAAGCCAUACACUUUAAUGUAUUCAUAUUUAUAAUUUACUAAACAAGAGGUAAUAGCCUUAAACUUAUUGGUCAUAUAGACUUUAAUAUUCAGGUAUUAGUCUUUGUAAGUAUUUUCAAAUGUUAUUGGAGAAGUUCAGCUUUUAUCAAAUAUGUAUUUUGCUUGAAUUAAGUAAACCCUAUCUGGAAUGUCUCCCCUACUCCUUAAAAAGUUUAGUUCGUUGUGACUUUAAAUUUUAGUUAUAUGAUGUGAUUGAUAAUUCCACUUAUAAAAAUCUGGUUGGUUGGUAAAAUUUUUGAUUUAAAAAAUAAAGUGUGUGGCUUUCUGCUGGA